GCUGCCCGUAUAUAAACCAUAAGGGUUCGUCACAUACGCACAUUUUGUGAAAAUACCUCAUGAUGGCUACAAGUUGGUAUAUUUUGUUAUUUGCAAUUCUUGGAAUAGUACUUUGCGACGAAUCUCAAGAUGUCAAAAUUCGUUACUAUUACAAGAGUAAAGACAAAUACACUGAAUUACCAUUGGAUGAGGCAGGAAAAAUAUUUUCCUUCGAUUGGUAUGAUUCUAGUAAAACUACAGUUAUAUUUGCACAUGGUUUUACAGGCCGUCCCGAUGGACUCGCGGUGGCUGAGGUGGUUAACGCUUAUCUUCGUCACGGUGAAAACAACGUGGCUUUCUUGAACUGGGAACAUUUGGCUGCUCCUGUACUCCCUACGUUGCCGGCUUCUUACGUUAAUUGGGCAGCCCCUAAUGCUAAAAAGUUGGGAGCUCGAGUCGCAGAGGCUCUCCAUAUCAUGCAGAGCGCUGGUAUGCAUUUGAAUAAUACUCAUUUGGUGGGACAUUCUCUCGGAGCUCAAAUUUUUGGUAUCGCCGGAAACAAAAUGCUGGAAAGUGGAAUUCAAUUACCGUGGAUUACUGCAUUGGACCCAGCGGCAGUAGGGUUCGAGGGUAGACCAUUGCCAAUGAAACUGCACGCGGGAUCAGCGUCGUUCGUAGCUGUAAUACAUUCGGAUCCGAGCAAGUACGGAUAUUCAAGGCCCGGAGGCACGGUCGAUUUUUGGCCUAAUUAUAAAAACGGAGCUGUAAAACAACCUGGCUGUGAAGCACGAUCGGGGCAAAUGUUUUCACCAGAAGAUCUAUGCAAUCACAAUAGAUGUUGGCAACUAUUGACUGAUGCCCUUAAAUACCCGGGAAGCUUGCUCGCGAGUUAUGCGAAAAACUAUAGAACAUGGAAAAAUUAUUCAGUAGACGAAAGAAGCCAAAACGUUUUAGAAAUUGGCAAAUAUUACAAAGAAGAUGUUACUCCAGGAAAUUAUUAUUUCACAACAAACGCUGCUUCUCCGUAUGGUCUAGGAAAAAAUGGUCUAUAGCGUUUGAUCUAAAGAAAUAGUCUAACAACAAAAGCUUUGCCAUUA